CUCCAGAUCGACGGUCCGGGGGCGGCGCGGCGCAUGAUGGGACCAGCGACGGCGGCUCCGUGCCCGUGCACUGCGAAGGCAUUGCGGCGCCCAGCAGCGGCAAGGCACGGUGAGGCCCAGCGGCGGCGGGGUCGGCGGUCUUGCGAAGGCGCAGCGGGGGUCGAGUGCCGGCGGCGCUCGACGGCAGGCGUCAGUUGCCUCGGCCGCCGCAUUCCUCGACCCGUCAAUCAGCCCCACGCCGGCACUGAUUUCGGCGCGGGUUUUGUCCCGUGCUGCCGCCGCCGCCGAUGCCACCGCGCGGAGGGAUGGCUUCAGCGGCCGCUCCUAUAACGGCCGCCUCCUCCGUUUCUCACCCAUCGGCCCCGUCUUUACUUCGAGUGGAAGCGGCAGCGGCAGCCUGUCAGAAUGACACCAAGCAAGCAAAAACGGUUGAUGAAUUCCACAAACUCAGAGCAAUGCAGACCGUUGAAGAAAACAAAGUUUGACUCAUCCAAUUGUCUAGUAAGUUUGAAGCCGCAUAUUGGUCUUAAAUGGGACCAAUAUCUAAAGAGAGUUGUGCCAAUAAAGGAACAAGUUGGAAUUCUGUGGUCAGACUUGGCCCCUUUCAUAGAAAGCAAGAAACAGCGGUCAGGCCUUGCUGAUGUUACAUAUGUUCCUUCAGAGAUUUUUUCUCUUGAGAACCUGAGAGGUGUGCUAUCCUACAAGGUAUGGUCCACAUGUCUGACAGAAGAUGAGAGGAAGUUUCUCAUACAAUUUCUUCCAGGCAAGACUGGCGAAGAAGAAAAUGUACGUUUGUUGCUUACUCGGAAAAAUCAUCACUUUGGAAACCCUCUUCUCAGCUGGUCAUCUUCUCUUUGCUAUGGUGGUAUUCAUCCAGAUGCUGUACUUAACAAGGAGAAGCACAUGAAAAAGGAUGAGAAGGCAUACCAUAUUAAUUUGCUUAAUUACCAUUCCAAAAUGGUUGGUACCUUGAAGAAAUGGAAGAAGAGAUGGCUAAGUUGUGCUGAUACAGAGAACUUGUUCAGAGAUAACCCUGCUGAUCAGAAGCAAGGAGUUAUGCAGCUGACAACUACAAAGAGUGGAAUACCGCUGCUACAGGUUGCACAAAGUGUUGAUGUUUCAAAGGUUAUGUCAUACAUCAAGGUUAGUAGAACACAGCUCAUGCAUAUCAAGAGACUGAAGCAAUCUGGGGAUGGCAUUCAGAUAAAGCAUGUUUCACGUGUAAUUGGUGGCCUUGAUAAAUCCCAUGUAAAACCAUAUGGAGCUUUAUUAGAGGAUGAACAGAGGCGACUGCAUGAACAUUGGCUGAACAUGUCGUGCAAUGAUGUACCUGCUGCUGUUAAGGUUCUUACGGACAGGAAGGUGCUGAUUGGGAAAUCAAGAAAACUAUUAAACCUUGAGCUUGAAGAGAAGAAUGCAUCUUUCUUGAGAAAGGCAGACCGGUUAACACAGAGAACGAAGAAGCUAGGAGAGCCUGGUGCUGGUGAAUAUGAUGGUAGCCCAAAUUUGGAAAAUGACCAUGUAUACCAUUCACCUCAAAGUAUGUUGCAAGGUGGGAAUGAUCAGAGCACACCUCUUCAAGAUCGGGAUGAUGAGAAGACUACAGAUAUGGAAACCUCUAUUCACCGUAUUGACAGUCUGAAUGUGGAAGAUCAUGAUCUCAUUGUUGCCAGGGGCACAGAUGUAACUAGUCAGACUGAGCAAAACUCUGAUGUGCAAGAUCAACAUUGUAAUGGUGUCAGCUGCGUAGAUAACAGCAUCUCCUGCUGUGCCAACAACCCUGAUGAGCAGAAUGAAGUUCUCACGGACAUCAAAUUGUAUAAAGAUGCCAUGGGGGUUAAAGAUGAAGAUAUCAAAGACAUCAGCUACGAAGAUACAACUUGUAGCAAUUAUAAUGCAGAGAGUCAACAGAUAAGUUCCAUCAAUUAUGCAAGCCCACAUAUUAAUACUAUUGAGAAAGAGAAUUUGCAAGUAGAAGACCUUGAUGGUGUUUCUUACAAAGGUCCACCAGUUCAUGCUCAUGAGCAAGAUCAGGACCUGCAAAGCAUCAGCCAUGCAAUUGUGAAAAACAGUUGUGGACAUAAUAUAAAUAUUUCUUCAGAAAUGAGUCAUCCAAAAGCGAAUACUGUAAUUACGGACCAAGAAGAGACUGGUAGCAUUAUGAUGAUACCAUCAAAUAGUUCUUCACUAUUACCAAAGUCCUCUGGAGAACAAAUGCAUCUGGGAGAUUUUCUGGGUGUAAAUGACCAAGUAGCAAAAGGUGAAAAAGACAGGUGGCAGUUCGUAGGCCCUCUUCAGCCUCAUUAUAAUCCUCCAGAGGGUAUAACUUAUGAUGGUUUAGGUGACUCAGAGAUUAGGCAGCAAUAUGUCUCUUCAGGACAACAGAGUUCUUUAGUUUACUUGGAUAAUAGUGUUUUAAGUCAGCAGCAGGUUCAACUCGCCACCACUGUCUUCCCAUUGGACAAUCCAGUAUCAUUUAUUGAGCCCUUAUCAAAUCCGCAGAACAAUGGUCAGCUCGACACAGCGAAGGACAUUGAAGUGGCCUCCUACCCCCUUCAACAUGCAAAAAGCAUCAAACAGUCAACUGGUAUGCUUUCUUUGGUUAAUAAUCAUUCGGCUCAAUCUGCUCCAUUUCCCAGAUCCCUGAAGGAGCAGCAGCAGUUAACUAACCAGAGUUGCACAACUGCACAACUGCACGAGGAUAAAGAUCACGAUCAUAAUGGUGUAAGCUGCGUAGAUAAAGGCAGUUCCUGCUGUGCCGACAACCCCGAUGACUGGAAUGGAGAUUUCAUGGACAUUGAAUUGCGUAAAGAUGGCCUGGGUGUUAAUGAUGAAGAUAUUCAAGAAAUCAGCAACAAAGAUACAGCGGUUAACAAUAACUCAGAGAGUCAAGAGAUCAAGUCCAUCAAUUAUACAAGCACAACUAUUGACACUCUUGACUGUGAAAAUACGGAACUCGAAUAUCUUGACGGAGUUUCUUACAAAGAUUCGUCAGCUCAUGUUUGUGAACAAGAUCACAACCUGGAAAGCAUUAGCAAUGCUAUUGUGAACCACAGUUGUGACCAUAGUGCAAAUAUUUCUUCAGAAAAGAGUCAUCUGAAGAUGAACACUGUAAUUGUGGACCAAGAAGAAACUGAGAACAUUAUGAUGAUUACAUCAAACAGUUCUACAAUACUACCUAAGUCCUAUGGAGGACAAAUGUAUGUGGAAGAUUUUGUGGACCUAAAUGACCGAGUAGCAAAAGGUGAGAAAGACAGAUGGCAGUUGGCAGGCCCUCUUCAGUCCCACGAUCAUCCUCCAGAGAAUAUAAAUAAUGGCUCAGGUGACUUACAGAUUACACAGCCUUAUCUCGCUUCAGAACACCAGAGUUCUUCAGUUUGCUUGGAUAAUGGCGUUUUUAGUCAGCAGCAGGCUCAACUCGCCAAGUCUGUCUUCCCAGUGGACAAUCCAGCAUCAGUUAUUGAGCCCUUCUCAAAUCCGCAAGGCAAUGGUCAGCUCCAGACUGGGGAAAUUGGAGCAGUUUCAGAUACCCUUCAACAUGCAUGUACCAUCAAACAGCUAAUUGAUGAGAGUGACGAUGGCCUCUGUGCACAACUUCAUGAGGAUUACUAUGCUGAUGUGAGUUCUCCAAUCAAAGUGAACCCUCCUGUUUCUGAACAGCAUUCUUAUACUGCUUCUGCUUCAAUAGAUCAUAAUAGGCAUAACUGGUUCCCCGAGGGGUGCCAGUUGCAUAAUAGUAAUUUGUGUGGAUUGGAGUCCGGUGACUGCUUAGCCCAGGCCUUGCCAGUUGGAAGCAGCACAGAUGGAGCUCUGAUCAGUGCCAUAUCUCAGUACAAGCAGCCAUCAGCACACAUGGAACAUGAAGCAAAGAAUCAAGUUGGUCUGCCAAAAAAUGUUCUUCCUAGGACUCAAGAAGCAAGCCCUCCAUUUCCAGAUACGUGUAACUGCACCCAGAAUAUGGCCAGCAGUGGAAACAGUGAUGUAGCACCAGAUUCACUGGAUAACAUGCAAUUUACAAACUUCAUCCAGUCGAAUCCCGGAAGGGCACCUGACUUUACAAACCGUCCGUCUGGAGGCCAUGGACCAGAUAACUCUUUCUGAGACUGGAUGUAGCAAGUCAUUAGGUGCUGGCAACGAAAUUGGGGCAGGCUGGAACCCGCCUGUUUGCUGGCAUUACUGACAUCGUACCAGUUUUGAGCUGUUCCAUCAAUUGUGUGGUUUCAGGAUCUGUGCACAUACUUUUGUGCCAUGCCUGUAUGUACGCAGGCGCUGGGAAUAUGGGUAGUCGGAAGUCGAGGAUUCCCAUUUUUCUGGUUUCCCCUGCUGUUCUUUUUUGAUUUACUAGUUAUAAGUACCGCUCCAAUUUCCAUCUGUAGGCUGCCUCAAGGUUCAAGGGUCCUCAGCAAACUAGAUCUGAUGCUGAGUCAGUGAGUCGUGUUCUACCGGUGCCAGGUCUGGAUCUUGUUCGAAAGUUUCCGAACAUUACAUUUCAUGGCCCCUUACAGUAGUCUGCGGGCGUGCUAAACUGCUUGGUUAAUCUGAGCAGUGCAUAUUUGAGCCGUUGCCUAGAAUGUGUACCAGUUUAAAGUGGUGUUUUUUUUUCCUGAACUGUUUUUCUUAUAUGGAUUUUCUGUUCUCAUGCUGCGGUUGAUAACAUGAAGAUGUUCAGCAUAAUACACUA